GGAACUUUUAAUGUGUGGGACUGUCAACAAACAAAAUGGCGGCAUAGCGUAUUGUAUUUAUGGAUGGAAGGUGAAACUCUGUUAAGUCUCCAAAAGGUUGCAGGUCAUUAGAAGCCAUGGUGCUGAAAGUCUUCUUCCCACAAUGCUGCAACCGAGCGGAAAGCGGGCUGCUGGUGGGCCGCUGGAUCCCUGGCGAUGGCCACGACUCGGCUGUGGUGUUGGCUGUCAUCCACUACCCGUUCAUCCCCAGCCAGGUCAAACAGUACAUCCAGCAGAUGGAGGCCAAGAGCAAGGUGGAGCUGUCUGUGCUGGGCUCUUGGAGCUUGCCCAAGGAUGGAGAGCAGGAGGGCAUGGAGAGCUUCCUGAAGGACCUGAGCACCAUGUUCCCUCAGCAACGCUGGCUUCAGAUCAGGCGGCAGAUGGGGAAGACGGGCUUCACCUGCCAGCUCCUCAACCGCCUUCUCACAGCUCAACAAAAGACAACACAGGGGGACGUGAAGAAUGGGAAAGAGGAGGAGGAGGAGGAAAAGGUGAUCUUUGUCCACUACGAGCAGAGGAAGGUGAUGGAGUCGCAGCUUCAUCCCAUCCAGAACGGCCUCGCUGGGACGCAAAGAGAAUCUCCGUCCGAGCUGAGACAAGUGUUCCACACGGUGGCCCACAGCCAGCCGCUCUUCUUCCUGGACAAAUACGACGACGGGCCCCUGAAGUCCACACACUGGCAGACUCAAGGCCGCGAGGGCAGCAUCAUCGUGGAGCUGCUCAAGCGGGCGUCGGUGCCGCUCUGCGUGCUCCUCGCCUGGCUCCUGUCCGUGUGGACGUGGACGUGCGACAUGCACAUCUUUCGUCUUUACCCGCUGCGCUUCCUGUCCAGCAAGCUGUCCACCUGCGUCCAGCUGGGCUACAGGAGCCAACACAUGAAGACGCUCAGCUCGCCCAAAACAGCCGUGGAUCACACACACUUCAUGAGGAAAGCCAACAUUUUUGUGUCCUUCCUGGUGGACGUGGCUCUGGGCAUGAUGCUGGUGUCCUGGCUGUACAGAGACCAGCACAUUAGCAUGCUGGCCAACACGCUGGUGCCCGCUGCUGAUCAUGUUGCUAAGGAGCUGGAGGAGCUGCUGCAAUGGCUGAUGGGAGCUCCAGCGGGGUUGAAGAUGAACCGGGCCCUGGACCAGGUGCUGGGCCGCUUCUUCCUCUAUCACAUCCACCUGUGGAUCAGUUACAUCCACCUGAUGUCUCCCUUCAUGGAGGCCAUCUUGUGGUACGGCGGCCUGUCAGCCUGCCUCGGCCUGACCUUUGCCCUCUCGCUGCUCUCGGACAUGGUGGCCCUGCUCACCUUCCACAUCUACUGCUUCUACGUCUACGGAGCCAGAAUCUACUGCCUGAAGAUCUACGGACUGUCUUCCCUGUGGAGGCUCUUCAGAGGGAAGAAGUGGAACGUCCUGAGGCAGAGGGUAGAUUCUUGCUCCUACGACAUGGACCAGCUGUUCAUUGGAACGCUGCUGUUCACCAUUCUGCUCUUCCUGCUGCCCACCACCGCGCUCUACUACCUGGUCUUCACUCUGUUGCGUCUGGUGAUCGUGUUGUUCCAGGGCGUCAUCCACCUGAGCGUCGACUUCAUCAACUCCUUUCCUCUUUUCGCCAUCGGGCUGCGCGUGUGUCGGCCGUACCGACUCGCAGAGGGUGUUAGGUUCCGAGUGCUGAGUGACGAGCCAGGCACCGCUCUUCACCUUCUGAUGGAGAUUAAUCCUUUGAAGAGCAGCACGGUGGUCCAGACGUACCGCACGCCCACCUACAGCUGCUACCCCAAAGACUCGUGGGCCGCGCUGGUCAAGAAGCUCUUCGUCGGGGAGCUAAUUUACCCGUGGACGCACGAGAGCACCCAGGCCGAUAAAAGGAAAGCUGACUGAGAGGAUGAUGCAGGGGCUGGAGGCCGGCGGCCAUGCGGGAGAGAAGGAAAGGGAAGAGGUGAAUAAUUAAUGAAAUGGAAACAGAUGGACGCCUGCAGAGAGGAAAUGGAAAAACAAAAGUGAAAGCAGUGUGAGGAACGCCGCAGUCGAUGGCGACAAGGGAUCAAACGUUUGUGUGACUUCACAAGCGCUCAGUUGUAAGCAAGUAUUCACAUGCUGCUUCGGUGAAACGAAGACCUUUAUUUUGAAAUAUUUCAUGACGCAGACCGUUGUCGUCUUGUGCGUUUGAAGGAAACCUUACAAGUACAGGACCAAUCAUGAGAGCGGUUUGUUCGCUCCUCACAGAACCAGCAUUGCAUUCCACUAAUGGACCUUGUCUUUCUCCACAGUCAAGUACAACCACACACUGGAAUAUUUAGUCUUUGAAACGUGACUAAAACCUCUUUUCUAAUCAUGUGAUGUUAUUUAUCUACAUAAAUACCACUUAUUUUAUUGAUUAUCUUUCAACUUAAGAUGUUUUAAUUACUUAUAAGAUUAAUUUGCUGUUUAUGUAAAGAAAUCAGUCAUACAAAUACUGUUUUAUCUCAGAUUUUAGGUCAGUUUUAAACAAUGAGCUAAUGUUAGUCACCUACAAGCUAAUUUGUGAUUUUUUAUAUAUAUAUAUAUAUAAGUAUGUAGUAUUAUUAAUAAAAGUCUUAACACUAGUUUAGAACAGGGGUGUCCAAACGUUUGCUACUGAGGGCCAAACACUAAAAAAAUUAAAGCAUGUGGCGGCCAUUUUGAUAUCUUUCAUUUUCAAAACCAAUACAAUAUAUAGAUUUUUUUUGUCCCGGGGACCCAAAAGGGUCUCAGUCAGUCAGUCAUCCAUCCAUCCAUUUUUUAACACUUGUCCCUUUCGAGGUCGUGGGGGUCUCAGUCAUAAAAAUGUUUUAAAUAAGAUAUAUAGUAUUCUUUUUUUUUUUAUUACUCAAGGCUUAAGUCUCUAAAUCAAUUUUAAAUCAAUCUGUUGAUACAGUUUAAAGUAAGAAAAAAAAUGCCCUUUUUGUCAAAGAAGACCGUUUUUUCUGGCAAAAACACAAACUAUGCAAUAUUUCCCCCAAAAUUUGUUAAGGUGGAAUAUUUCAUUUGAAGUAAUUGGAGCGAUGAGGGUGUACCCCGCCUUCCGCCCGAUUGUAGCUGAGAUAGGCUCCAGCGACCCCGAAGGGAAUAAGCGGUAGAAAAUGGAUGGAUGUAUGGAUGGAGCUAAAAUAGGUUAGUAAUUCAGAACAACAUUGAUUUUAAUACAUGAUCUGAGACAGGCUCCAGCACCCCGAAAUGGACAAGUGGUAGAAAAUGGAUGGAUAGAUUAUUUUUUGAUCAAUGACAGUUUAAAAAAAAAAUCCCACUUAAAUUGUUGGGGAUCUAAAAGGGUGUCACUCAUAAAAGUGUUAAAGGAUAAGUCAUAGAUUAUUUUUAUAACAACAUUUAAAUCUCUAGAUCAAUUUCAGAUCCAUCUGUGGAUAAGUUAGUUUUUUAUAAGUUUUUCUAUGGUUUUGUUUGUUUUAUGCCCUUUUUGUCAAAGAAAACCCUGUUUUUUUUCAUGGUAAUAACACAAAAUAUGCAAAUUUUCACCAGAAAAUAUUUAAAAGUGGAAUAUUUGAUGUGAAGUAAUUGAAUAGGUCAAUAAUUCAUAACAAUUUAGAUUUUGAUUCGUUAGGUUUUGAGCACUGACAGUUUAAAAAAAUAAAAAAACAGCGUGCAUUGCAACUUUUUCUUGUUACAUUUCACCUAUUUUCUUUUUUUCCAAUUUUUUUCCCCCUGUUUUUUAUGUGUGGUUUUUUUUGUAACAGUAUUUUUAUAAUGUGCCGCGGGCCGUUGAAAAGUUAGCUGCGGGCCGCAGAUGGCCCCCGGGCUGCGCCUUGGACACCUCUGGUUUAAACCAAAUGAUGACAAGCUUUUUUAUGGUAAUAAUUUAUGAGUGUGUGUGUGUCCUUUGUCAUGUGCCAGAUCAUUUGAAGUAUUAAUAUGAACCAGCUGUUAGAUUUAAAAAUACUCAUAUUGUUGAUUUAUGUGAUGCUCUCAGGUUGAGCUUUGCCAGGAAAUAAAACUCAUA